AUCCCCGAUAAAAAUGAAGGUAUUCAUCGCACUCGUUUUAUCCUUGGCUGUUGCCUCGGCUUACAUCGUUCCCGAUCAGUCGUCUGGCAAUGAAGAUGUGGACAAUGCUUUUGAGAAGCCUGCUUUCAUAGAGGAUUUGCCAACAUCACCAGUUUUAUCCGGUCGAAUUACCAACGGCAACAUUGCUGCGACUGGACAAUUUCCUCAUCAAGCCGGUUUGACGCUAACUCGCAGCACAGGAAAUUAUUGGUGCGGUGGUUCCCUCAUCGGCCCAACUUGGGUUUUAACAGCAGCUCACUGCUCUGACCAAGUUACUCAGGUGAUCGUUUAUUUGGGCAGCACUACACGUACUGCAUAUAAAGUCAAGUACACUGUUACCUCCAGCUCUAUCUACCAACACACCGGCUAUGACUCCAAAACUCUUGCCAAUGAUAUUACAUUGAUUAAGAUCCCUGCUGUGACUUACACUAGCGAUAUAUCCGCUAUUAAAUUGCCUUCGAUCUCUUCAUCGUACGCUACCUACGCUGGCAGCUAUGCUAUCGCUUCAGGCUGGGGCCGCACCACCGACACGUCGUCGACUUCUUCAUCUUUGAAUUACGCUCGUCUCCCGAUCAUAGCUAAUUCGGUCUGUUCUGCUGCUUAUGGCACACAAGUUGUAACGGCCAACACCAUCUGUGUAUCUACCCCUAGCGGUACGUCCACCUGCCAAGGUGAUUCUGGUGGCCCAUUGGCUUUGGAAUCCGAUGGUGUGCUUGUCGGCGUUACUUCGUUCGUAUCGAGUGCCGGUUGCCAAUCUGGCGCUCCAGCUGGUUUCAUUCGUGUGACUAGCUACCUCAAUUGGAUUAAAGAGAAAACUGGCAUCUCUUACUAAUAAACGAAAUUCUUAAAAUUUGACAGGAAAUAUAAAUUGCUGUAUGCUUACAAUUCCUACUAAA